CUUUCCUAGACAUCACAGGGACCUAGUCUCUUCAUACACCCCAGGACAUACAAACAGCCAAUAUGCCGAGCUCGAGCUCAAAUGGAGGAGCCCACGGACGCGGCCUGCACUUUCCUUUCUCUGCCUUUGAAAGCAUUUUCUCCCUCAUAUCCACCGCACUUCUUAACAUCUCCUCCGCUUCAUCAUACCUCCCUCUCAUCCACCGAUACCAUCCUGCAUUAGAAAGUAGCCCGACCCACAACUGAGCAUCUUUCUUAUCUUCGGCCGCCUCAUACCUCCCUCUCAUCCACCGAUACCAUCCUAGAUUACAAAGUAGCUCCGCCCACUUUGGACCGUCUUCCUUAUCACCUAGCUUUUCUUUAAUAGUCCCUUCAAUGUGAGGAUCCAAUCUCUCACACUCCACCCAGUUCUCAUACUUUCCCGAUGGAUACUGACCCGACAUCACCCGUAGAAACUUCCGCUUCCAUCGCUGCGUAUCGUCAAACGACAACCACACCCGCGUGCAAAACUACACUAAGGCAUGCAUCUCGAAUAAAUCUCUAUUGGCCGUCACGGCCACUAACGAGUAUCCACGUAGGAUCUCGAGGUCCUCGUCAAGGUCAUCCUUGCCGUCUUCCCCGUGGUCGCUUGCGUAAGCCCGGAGCACAGACUCGGGGAUUCCCUGGGCAACAGCAGGACAGGGAAGGGACUGGAGCCCAGCGGCGGCGCACUGUCCCGCACUGUGUCCCUGCCUUUUCGCCAUCGUCUCUUUCGCCGCCAACCUUUCUUCUUCCUCUGCCUCCCCAAGCAACUCUUGCUGCUUCGCUGGCGUGUUCUCGACGACGACUUGAUUGCUUCACUUCACUCUGCUGCUGUGUGCGCACUGAAGAGCAUGCUCUUGUCGGCCAUGGGACACGCCUCUUCCCUCUCAUCCUGAUCCUCACUUCCCCGCUCCCUUUCUCUCUGUCUCUCUCUCCGUCCCCCUCCCCCACUACGCACGGCACCCAACCCCGCGCCCGCGUCCUCCUUGCCAUCCUCGCUCCCUCGUCACUCAAUCUCCCGCCCCACGACGACGACUCGCCCGCCCCAACGUCUUCCUCCCUCCCGCGAGCUCUGCAAAACCUGUCAUGGUGAUUAACGAUUCUGGUGUCAGAGUCUCCCGCUCCUCCAUCAAUAUGUCCAAUCCCGCCACGUCCAACGCAGCCGUCGGCAGCACGCCCUCCACCGCCGACGACUCUGGUGAGCCUUCCCGCCGUGGCCGGCACUGCCCCUCAUGUUCCUCAGCCCGAC